AUGUCGACCCCGAUAAUUGCCAGCUGCUUGCUAAUAAUUGGGAGACUGGCGAGUGCUGCUCCUGUUUCACAAUCUGAGCUAUGUACUCAGGAGGAAAUGGCAAACGAAAUCCAAUGCAUGCAGGUGUUACCUGAAGCCAGCUACUCCUAUCCCCGAGGCUAUACGGUAGACAUGCAUUGUGUUAUCGCAAAUCAACACGGAAAGGUCCAGUGGAGGGCAAAAUCAGUACUGCUUGCCAAUACUUCCAUAUAUGUUGCAGGUUACGAUCGCUCUCUGAUCGGAGGUCCAAGGCUUAGCAUGUUUGGAGACAGUUCAAAAGGUGAGCACAAUCUUCGCAUCAGUAACAUCUCCGAGGAGGAUGCUGGUGAAUACGAGUGCCAAGUCACCCCAGUGGAAAACCUCGGACAACCGCUCCUUCGACGGAGGACAUAUCUAACCGUUCUGGGUUUGUUAAUCUAUAUUUUGAAUGUCAAAUAUUCUCGAUGGCCGUUUGAUGCAGUCAUCCCAUCUCAUCCGGAGCUGAAAGUGAAUGACCUACCUUUGCCGAAGGAUGAACUGAUCAUUUCGCAGCCCGAUCCGGAUCCCCGAGUAGAGGUAGCGUGUUAUGCUAGAAACGGUGUUCCUGCACCCGACUUUGUCUGGCUACUUAAUGAUAUCAAUCUCAACGAAAUAGCAAAUUCCUCCAAAACGACGGGUACGUUCAUUUAA